CCUGGAAGCCUAGAAAUGAGACCGCUGACAUUUAUGGAUGUGGCCAUAGAAUUCUCUCCAGAGGAGUGGCAAUGCCUAGAUACCACACAGCAGAAUUUAUAUAGGAACGUGAUGUUAGAAAACUACAGAAACAUGGUCUUCCUUGGUAUUGCUGUCUCUAAGCCAGACCUGAUUGCCUGUCUGGAGCAAGGCAAAGAGCCCUGGAAUACGAAGAGACAGGAGACGGUGGCCAAACCCCUAGGUAUGUGUUCCUAUUUUGCCCAAGACCUUUGGCUAGAGGAGAGUGUAAAAGAUUCUUUCCAAACAAUAAUACUGAGAAAAUACGAAAAAUCUGGAUAUCACAAUUUACAGUUAAAAAAAGGGCAUAAAGGUAUGGAUGAGUGUAGGGUGUACAAAGGAAGUUGUAAUGGACAGUGUUUCACAACUACUCAGAGCAAAAUAUUUCAAUGUGAUAAAUAUGUGAAAGACUUUCAUACGUUUUCAAAUUCAAAAAGACAUAAGACUGAAAAGAAUCCUUUCAGGUGUAAACAGUGUGGCGAAUCAUUUUGCAUUCUUUCACACCUAACUCAACAUGAAAAAAUUCACACUACUGUGAAUUCCUACAAACUUGGAGAAUGUGGCAAGGCCUGUAACGUAUCCUCAAUCCUUUCUCAACGUAAAAUAAUUCAUACAGGACAGAAACACUACAGAUGUAAAGAAAGUGGCAAAGCUUUUAACAAGUCCGCACACCUUAACACACAUAAGAUAAUUCAUACUGGAGAGAAAUCCUACACAACUGAAGAAUGUGGCAAAACUUUUAACGUAUCCUCACACCUUACUACACGUACGAUAAUUCAUACUGCAGAGAAUGCCUACAAAUGUAAAGAGUGUGGCAAAGCUUUUAACCAGUUGUCAACUCUUACUAGACAUAAGAAAAUUCAUGCUGGAGAGAAACCCUUCAUAUGUGAGCAAUGUGGCAAAGCUUUUAACCAAUCCUCCAACCUUACUAAACAUAAGAGAAUUCAUACUGGAGAUAAACCUUAUAAAUGUGAAGAAUGUGGCAAAGCCUUUAAUGUGUCCUCAACCCUUACUCAACAUAAGAGAAUUCAUACGGGGGAGAAGCCUUACGAAUGUGAAGAGUGUGGCAAAGCCUUUAAUGUGUCCUCAACCCUUACUCAACAUAAGAGAAUUCAUACUGGAGAAAAACCAUACAAAUGUGAAGAAUGUGGCAAAGCCUUUAACACAUCCUCACACCUUACUACACAUAGGCGAAUUCAUACGGGAGAGAAACCCUACAAAUGUGAAGAAUGUGGCAAAGCCUUUAGCCAGUUCUCACAACUUACUACACAUCAGAUGAUUCAUACUGGGGAGAAACCUUACAAAUGUGAAGAAUGUGGCAAAGCAUUUAAGCAACUCUCAGCCCUUACUGCACAUAAGACCAUUCAUACUGGAGAGAAACCCUACAAAUGUGAAGAAUGUGGCAAAGCUUUUAACCUAUCCUCACACCUUACUACACAUAAGAAAAUUCAUACUGGAGAGAAACCCUACAAAUGUAAAGAAUGUGGCAAAGCUUUUAACCAGUCCUCAACCCUUGCUAGACAUAAGAUAAUUCAUGCUGGAGAAAAACCCUACAAGUGUGAACAAUGUGGCAAAGGUUUUUACCAAUACUCAAACCUUACUCAACAUACGAUAGUUCAUACUAGAGAGAAACCCUACAAAUGUGUAGAAUGUGGCAAAGCCUUUAAAUGGUCCUCAACUCUCACUAAACAUAAGGCAAUUCAUACUGGAGAGAAACCUUACAAAUGUGAAGAUUGUGGCAAAGCUUUUAAUAAGUUCUCAACCCUUACUACACAUAAGGCAAUUCAUGCUGGAGAGAAACACUACAAAUGUGAAGAAUGUGGCAAAGCCUUCAACUGGUUUUCAAACCUUAUGGAACAUAAGAGAAUUCAUACUGGAGAAAAACCCUACAAAUGUGAAGAAUGUGGCAAAGCAUUUAACUGGUCCUCAACUUUCACCAAACAUAAGGUAAUUCAUACUGGAGAGAAACCCUAUAAAUGUAAAGAAUGUGGAAAAGCUUUUAACCAAUGUUCAAACCUUACUACACAUAAGAAAAUUCAUGCUGUAGAAAAAUCUUAAAAAGAAUGUGGAAAAGCUUUUAACCGAUCAUGA